AGAAAUAGAAAGGUUUGGCUGUAAGAGCGUCUCUAGUAGUGAGCGUGAGGACACAUCAGCAAAAUACAUCUGUCACAGGUUCAGCCAGGCUACACGGUUAACGUUAGCUCAGCAUCAGCAAACAGGAUACUGCUCAGAGCUAACGCGCUUGGCUAAACACCAAGCCGGAGUUUGUAAAUAACCAAGUUGAGACAGAUUCAGGGGCUGUUAUAAAAAAAAAAAAGUACCCACUAAAAGGGCGUCUAAACUAACUUUAUCAGCCACCGAGUUAGCUUGAUACAUUUUACCAUUAGAGUCGUGAGGGAAUGGCAUUGGACUUCGCUGCGGGCUGCGUAGGAGGUGCUGCUGGUGUUUUGGUCGGACAUCCCUUUGACACUGUGAAGGUGAGGCUUCAAGUUCAGAAUGUGGACAAACCUCUGUACCGUGGGACAUUUCACUGCUUCCAGUCAAUCAUACGCCAGGAGUCGAUGCUUGGCCUGUACAAAGGCAUAGGCUCUCCAAUGAUGGGCCUGACUUUCAUCAACGCCAUAGUGUUUGGCGUCCAGGGCAACGCCAUGCGCAAGCUUGGCAGGGACACACCUCUGAACCAGUUCCUGGCCGGAGCUUCUGCUGGAGCCAUCCAGUGUGUCAUUUGCUGUCCAAUGGAGCUUGCCAAGACGCGCAUGCAGCUGCAAGGGACCGGAGAGAAGAAGUCCAAGAGGAAGAUGUAUAAGAACUCCCUGGACUGUCUGGUGAGAAUCUACAAGAAAGAGGGAAUCCGAGGCAUCAAUCGUGGCAUGGUGACCACCCUGCUGCGGGAGACACCUGGCUUCGGUGUGUACUUUCUCGCUUAUGACAUGUGGACACGUUCCCUGGGCUGUGAGCCAGAAGAUCCUUACAUGAUCCUUAAGCUGUUGUUUGCCGGUGGAAUGUCUGGCAUCGCUUCCUGGAUCUCCACUUAUCCUGUGGAUGUGAUCAAGUCACGUCUUCAGGCGGACGGUGUGGGUGGCGUCAACCAGUACAGCGGCAUUAUGGACUGUGUCAGGCAGAGCUUAAAGAAGGAGGGGUGGAGGGUGUUCACACGUGGACUCACCUCCACUCUGCUGCGCGCAUUCCCAGUGAAUGCCACCACAUUUGCCACAGUGACUCUAUUUUUAAUGUACAUGCGUGACGGAGAGGAGUGCAGCAUUCAGGACUCUGAGACACAGUCUGUCCAGCUGCAGCCUCUGCAGCCACAGACGCAGCCGACCAGCAUGUGAGCCAACGUGCAGCAGUGAGCAUCACUACAGUCAUCAGAAAAUAGUACAGAUAUAGAAACAUGCAGCCUCGUGCAGGUCUGUGAUCUGAAAACAGGUGUCUAUAAUGAGAAGGUGAACUGAUGAAAGGUAAGCCUGUGGAGCUUCAGCCAGGUGACCACGUGUUAUUUAAAUAAUAUAUAUUUUUAAGAUUAAGGCUGCACUUGUAAAUAUGGGAUGUUUUUUUAAAGUCCUUGGUUUUUGUACACUUUUGACUUUUAAGUAAUUUAGGAACUGUUACAAGAGUUUCUGUAAUGUACAGUAACGGUUACAGAUGUUCCUUGAGCUUGGGGUAAAAGAAACUCUUUGUAUUUAUGGAAUUCAUGUUAACAGCCAGCCACCAUGAGACAGGCCUAAACUUGUAGAGUAUUCAAAGUCUGGCAUGCUAUUGGACACAAAUGCAUUUUUUUUUUUACUGUUUCUUUUAGCAAACUCCAAUCAGUGAAGUGACUGUGAUUUUAAUAAUCAGUUUACUAAUUUUAUACAUUAAUAUUUUCUCCAGGUCCCCUCUCACUGUUAACCUCCAUAUCAUGUGACACAUCUUAUUAUAAUGGUUAAAAAUUCAAAGAUAGCCUGUACAUUUAUGUAGAAAUUGUUGUAUUCUUUCUCUGAGGUUGAAACUGUGUAUGUAUUUAAGCUUUUCUAUGAGAAGCCAUGGGAAUUUUAUUCAAGGUAUGCUGUAAAGUUUUAAUUGGUGAAAAUAUUACAGGCCCAGUCGCUGGCCCAUUUCAGUAUGACACAGAAAGUCGGAUACAAAAUAUUCAUGUGUGACAAUUAAAUUUUAAAUAUUUAAUUAUAGAGCACAAUCAUUUUCUAUAACCAAACCUGAUGCUGUUUUUUUUUCUGGACAUAAUGUGUCCAAAGAAAGCACCUUAUGGUAUGAUUUUAAGCAUAUGUGCGGUUUAAAAAAAAACACCUGUUUUUGGCCCUCAGAUUUCCCACUAAUUCUAAUUCACUGUCAAACAAAGCUGGUGGCUUUAAAGGGAGCUUUUAAGAAUAGAAAAAUGUUUUUUUAAACUAUGUGCUCCUUGUCGAUAGAUAAUACGCACAAUAUUUAGCAGGAGCCACAUUUGUCAUUGUCAGACCAGUAAAAGCUACUGCAAUUCUAACACUUUAAAUUGCAGAUUUUGUCUGUGUUUAAUGCAGCUGCAUAUUUAACAUUUUAUAGCUGCAGUUUGCGUAUUUAUGUACAUUUCUAUAACUACUGUCUCCGAACAUUUAUGCACCUAUGGUAAUAUUUUUAGACAUUUGACCAUCACACGUUAUUUUAGAGGAGAAAUAGUCACUUGUAUGUUACCAAGACCACACUAUUCUGCCAAAAACAGAUUUUAGUAAUGAUCACAUUUGAAGUUCAAUUUUUAAGCACCAAAGAUAGAUCCAGCCUAUUUUGCUACGGAUUCCAUAGUCUUUAAAUCUGUAAAAGUUUUGUCAGUACUCAAACAAACAAAACAAAGCUUAGGUUAGCACCCCUGUCUUUCGCUCCCAAUGUUAACCAGCACAGUCAUUUUAGGACAGAGGGAUCACAGUGUCACAUUAAGCAACGUGACCCCUGUGAGCAUGAGCAGAUGUUAAAUGGGUAAAGUACAAACGCUUUAAACUACUCAAGUUUAAAAUGCAAAUUAUAAUACGUCAAACACUGAAACUGCAGUCAUGCACAAAAAUUCCUUUACCUGCAGGUGAAUCAUUCAUCAAAAUUGAUAAAGCUAUUAGUUCAGCAAACAUCCUCAUGUCUGCAGCUCCAAACUCCUGCUUUUACUUCUUCUAAGUAAUGAGUGGCAGAUGUUAAACUGGUCUGAAACAGCUUUGGGGUUUUCCAAAGACAAAAUGUUGUACAUACUGUGAAUUUUUUCAUCAUUAUAGGUUUAAAGGUGUGAAAUUUCUCUUUACUUUAUUUUUUUUCUUAAUCACAAUCCUGUAUUUUUCUGUUUCAAGACUUCUGUAUUCCGUCGCGGUUUGUCUGGUGUACGAUGCAUGGUUGUUGAUAUCUUUGUAGAAGGGCUGCUUUAACUGUCUAAUGAUGCCUUUGUGUUCUGUGCUUGUUUAUAAUGUACAUUAUCUUGCACCAAAGCAGCAUGCACACUAUGUAGUGAUUUGAGAGAAUGGUGGAAUAAAAGUCACCUUUUUGUUCC